CCCAGCAACGCGUGUUCCAACGGUUCUCUUUCAUUCUCCACUUCCCUCCUCUUCAGACUGCCCCAUUCACUCCAGCAGUACAGUCUUGCAACCUCUACAUUUCAUCUCAUUCACACAGCUGAGACUGGCUGCAACCUACCAUCAUGUCGGACAGCGAGGAAGACAACUUUGUUCUGUCGCAGGAUGAGAGUGACGGAUAUGAACCUGAAGUCACAAAAAAGGUCGCAAAACCAAAAACAGUACCAAAAAAGGCGGCAGCUCCUAGUAAGUCAAAGGCAGCAAAGCCGACAAAACCUGGGACGAACGGAGCGCAGUCAAAUAAGCGCAAACUGAGCAACAACAGUGAUGUCGACGAGGACGGUGGCAACAAGGACAACGACGACGACGACGCAACGCCGCCACCGAAGAAAGCGCAAAAGAAGGGAGCCGACUACAACGAGAACCGUACAAUCGAGGAUAUCUAUCAGAAAAAGACGCCACUCGAACACAUCCUUCUGCGGCCAGAUACGUACAUUGGAACCACGGAAAUGAACCAACAAUCACUUUGGGUGCUCGAUCCGGACUCGACAAAGUUUGUCAACCGCCAAGUUAACAUCGUGCCCGGUCUCUACAAGAUUGUGGAUGAAAUCAUUGUCAAUGCAGCUGAUAACAAGAUCCGUGAUGACAGCAUGGACACUAUUAAGGUCAACAUCGACAAAGAGAACGGACAGAUCUCAGUUUACAACAAUGGCAAAGGAAUCCCUGUCGAAAUACAUAAAAAGGAGGGUUGCUACGUUCCCGAGCUCAUUUUCGGACAUCUGUUGACAUCUUCCAACUACGACGAUUCCCAGAAAAAGGUCACUGGAGGCAGAAAUGGAUAUGGUGCCAAGCUUUGCAACAUUUUCAGCACAGAGUUCAUUGUCGAGACUGCGGACAAGACGAACGGUCUGACGUAUAAGCAGGUCUUCAGCAAAAAUAUGUCGGUCACAGGCAAGCCAAAGAUCGCACCGAUGAAGAAGGGUGAGGAGUUCACCAGGAUUACCUUCAAACCUGACUUUGAGAGAUUUGGCAUGGAGUGCAUCGAUGCGGAUCUGGAGGCCCUUCUUAAGAAGAGGACAUAUGACAUGGCGGGAUGCGUCAAGGGAAUCAAGGUCUAUCUUAACGGAGAGCGCAUCAAGAUCAAGAACUUCAAGGAGUACAUCGAGAUGUACAUUCCAACACCAGAGAAGGACGAAGAAAAGCCCAAGCUGAUUUACGACAACACGAACCCACGCUGGGAGAUUGCCUGUAUCCCAAGCGAUGGCCAAUUCCAGCAAGUCAGUUUCGUCAACAGCAUUUCGACCUCAAAGGGAGGAGUUCAUGUCGAUUAUAUUGCAAACCAAAUCGUCAAGGAGCUUAUCGCUGCUGUCAAGAAGAGGUCGAAAUCAACCAACGUCAAGCCCUUCCACAUCAAGAGUCAUAUGUGGGUUUUUAUUAACUGCUUGAUCGAGAACCCCGCCUUCGAUUCCCAGACCAAGGAGAACAUGACGUUGAAACAGUCCGCCUUCGGAUCUAAAUGCGAACUCAGCGAAAAGUUCGUCAAGGACGUCAUCAAGUCACCAAUCGUCGAUGGUGUCGUCAACUGGGCCGCCGUCAAGGACACACUCGCGCUCAAAAAGACAGACGGUACAUUGACCCGACAGCGUCUCACUAUCCCCAAGCUUGAAGACGCCCAUAAGGCUGGUCGUGGUGGACGACAUUGUACCCUGAUCCUCACUGAGGGAGAUUCUGCAAAGACAUUGGUGAUGGCCGGAUUUAGCGUUAUCGGACGCGACUAUUUUGGUGUCUUUCCCCUCCGCGGGAAACUUCUUAACGUUCGAGACACUGCGACCAGCGUGGUAUCGAACAACAAGGAGAUUGAGGCUAUCAAAAAGAUUCUCGGGUUGAAGCAAGGCAAGGUCUACACCAGCAUCGACGAGUUGAGAUACGGUCGACUAAUGAUUAUGACAGAUCAGGAUCACGACGGAUCUCACAUCAAAGGACUUGUCAUCAACUUUUUUGACCACUACUUUCCCUCGCUGCUCAAGAUCCCAGGAUUUCUUGUUGAAUUCAUCACACCCAUCGUCAAGGCUACGAAAGGCAGAGAGAAGCAAACCUUCUAUACAAUUCCACAGUACGAGGCGUGGAAGGAGUCUGAGGAUGGUGCCAGGGGGUGGAGGAUCAAGUACUAUAAGGGUUUGGGUACGAGCACUAAGGAAGAUGCUAAGGACUACUUCAGUCAAAUGGAUCGGCAUAAGAAAGAGUUCGCUCCAUCGACAGACGAGGCUCGUGCGCUGGUCGACAUGGCCUUCAACAAGAAGAAAGCUGACGAGCGUAAAGAAUGGCUUGCCAGAUUCCAGCCCGGCACAUAUCUCGAUACUCAGAUCGAUAAGAUUCCGAUUGAGGAUUUUAUUAACAAGGAGCUGAUUCUCUUUUCGAUGGCAGAUAAUAUUCGUUCUAUUCCUUCCAUGGUCGACGGCUUGAAACCUGGUCAGCGUAAAGUCAUUUUUGGAGCAUUUAAGAAGAAGAUUGCCGGGGAAAUCAAAGUGGCGCAAUUGGCAGGAUACGUUUCUGAAAAGUCGUCAUAUCACCACGGCGAGCAAAGUUUGACCAUGACCAUCGUCGGCUUAGCUCAGGACUUUGUUGGUAGCAACAACAUCAAUCUGCUCUCGCCCAAUGGACAGUUCGGUAGUAGAAUGCAGGGUGGCAAGGACGCCGCCAGUGCUCGUUACAUCUUCACCACAGUCCCACCCAUCACAAGGCGCAUCUUCCACUUACACGACGACCCUCUUUUGAAAUAUCUGAAUGAGGACGGCGACUGGAUUGAACCCGAAUGGUACAUACCAGUCAUUCCCAUGGUCCUGGUCAAUGGUUCAGACGGUAUCGGUACCGGUUGGAGCUCCAACAUUCCCAACUAUAAUCCCAUGGACAUUAUUGCCAACAUUCGUCGGCUUAUGAAAGGAGAAGACCAAGUCCCGAUGGUACCAUGGUAUCGUGGCUUUGUUGGUUCGAUCGAGAAGGAAGCGGAGCACAAAUAUAAAGUGCUGGGGACCAUUGAGGAGAUUGAUGACACGAAUGUCCGGGUCAAGGAGCUCCCUAUCCGUACCUGGACUACGCCAUACAAAGAGCAGCUCGAAAGUUGGAUCGCUGGAACAGAUAAGACCCCCUCCUGGAUCAAGGACUACCGUGAUGACGGCACUCUCUCAAGAAUCGAUCUGGUUAUUACUCUGACUCAAGAUCAGAUGCGAAAGGCGCGGGAGGAGGGCCUGGAGUCUAAGUUCAAGCUAGUGGGUUCUGUUUCGACCUCGAACAUGGUUUGCUUUGACCCACAGGGUCGCAUUAAGAAGUACUCGAGUGCCGAGGAGAUUGUGCAGGAGUUCUAUGACCUCCGCCUUGAAUACUACCGCAAGCGCAAGGAAUAUCUAGUUGACGUCUACACCAAGCAGUGGAUGCGACUUGACAAUAAGGUCCGAUUUAUCUUGAUGAUUAUUUCCGGAGAGCUGCAGGUCCAGAACCGCAAGAAGACCCUGAUUGUCGAGGAGAUGCAUAUAAAGGGUUUCAACACUGAGGCCGAACUGGAUGUCGAAAUCGAUUCUGCCGAGGUUCCCGACCCAACAGUAGCCAAAGUCAAAGUCGAUAAGGGUAACGAGUAUGACUACCUCUUGAGGAUGCCCAUCUGGAACUUGACGCAUGAAAAGGUUGAGGAACACAAAAGAGAGCGUGACCUCAAGAACGCAGAACUAAAAUUGUUGAUCGACAAGUCUGCCUACACGCUCUGGGACGAAGACUUGGACGCAUUCAUUGUCGCAUGGGAAGAGCUGCUUCAGCACGAUCUUGAAGAGGAAGCAUAUAUGGGCAGCGGCAACAAGGGCAAGAAGCCAUUGAAGGGCGGUCGCGGAAGGGCCCUCGGCGGCCCCAAAACCACUGUCAAGAAAAACUUGGAUGAUGAUGAUUUCGAGGACACAAAGCCCAAGAAGGCGCCGGUGGUCAAGAAAGCAGUAACUUCAACGGCCAAGAAGGAGUCAUCACCGCCUGAGAUCAAGGCUGAAGUCAAGCAGGAGUCGAUAUCGCGCUUCAUCAAAAAUGAUUCAGCUUCUACGGCUUCCUCAGCGACGAAGUCGACGACUUCGGCACCCAAGAAGCAGCAGUCGAUUCUUGACAUGAUGAAGGUGAAGCAGGCCAGUAACGGUACUACUUCUAAUUCCAAGACAGAUAUCAUCAAGGACGAACCUGGGAGCGCAGACGAAAAAUCGACUCGGCCGCAGAAGGCGACAAAGGCCCGGUCAAGGAAGAAGAUCCUCGAUAGCGAUGGUGACGAUGACGAUGAUGAGGACUUUGGGUCGUCAGCCAAGCGUGGCGGCAGGGGUGAUGAUGACGAAGAUGUCGACAUGGACGAUAUUGUGGUGGAGCCACGUGGGCUUUCGACAAGAGUUCCACGAGCUGCUCGAGCCAAGCGUCCCGUGAUUGUGGACCAGGACUCGGAUGAAGAUGAUGAGCAGGACGAUUUUUUGCCCUCGCCAAAGAAACCGACUGGAAGCACAUUCACACCACGCAAGAUGACGAAGAGUGUCGAGCCUGAGGAGACCGCAAAGGUCGCUGUUGCUGCUGUGGCUCCAACGAGUGACGACGUGAGCGAGGGUGAGGGAUACCGACCCAAGGCAACGAGCUAUGCAUCAAAACCAAAGGGCAAAGCUACGUACAAGUCGCGCACGAGAACCAUUGCAUCAGACUCUGAAGGUGACGAUGACGAGGAUACGGAACUAGAUACUGGCGCUGUGGAUGACGACGACGAGGAUGACUAUGUGGAAGAAAAGCCGAAGGGCAAGAAACUGUCUUCGCGCGCUGCACCGGUUCCUAAGCCGUCCAAGUCAGCACCGGGCCACAGUGCUGCUGUCAGUGCAGCGAAAAAAGUGUUUUCGUUGUCGGACGAUGGUGACGAUGUGGAUAUGGGCGAUGGAGUCGUCGACGGUGAUUUUGGUACUCCCGAUGGUACAGACCGUGAUAUAGGAUCUGGGCCAGACGAACCUGAGUUCAAGAGCAAGAAGCCUUCUGCUGGAGCGACAAUACCAGCCAGUGUGGUCCCGCCGGUGAUCGUGGAUGAAGACGACGACUCAAUGUUCUCUAUCAGUGCCCCAUCUAAGGUGUCACAGUUGAAGAAGCGACCGACACUUCCUAGCCGAAAGUCAUCAGGAAUGGGCGGAAGCAGCUCCAGCUUGACAGGAGCAUCCGGAUCAGGUGAUGGGGGUGUUGGCCAUGGAGGAGGAGGAAGUUUGAGUGGAGUGGGGGGUGAGGGCUCAUCCUCGUCGUUGGCGACUUCGAUGACAUCGACGGGGGCUGUUGCAGGAGCGAAGACACUGAACUCGUCGUCGUCUGCUCCACCCAAGGCCCUAGCAGCUUCGACGCAGCUGCUCGCAGAUCUUGAUGAUGUCUCGAUGAUUGUGUCGCGUCCCACGAAGGCACGCUCAGUCACCAAGAAGCCAAAGUAUGUGGACAUCAGCGACGACGACUAAGAUCUGGUUAGCGUCUA